AACAAUUUGGGUCUAUAUUCAUCAUAGGAUCUGCUCUCUAGACUUAAUCCUGCUUAUCCUUCCGCGAAUCAACAGCUGUUCGGCUUGGAAAGUGAAAACCGACUCGACCCAGUUCAGCAGCUUCUUGUACACGCAUGGCAGAGAGCAUCUUCCCUGAUUAAUCUUCCCUGCCCGGGUGGUGAUGCAAGAGAGAGCCGUCUUUCACCUUUCAUCCUCCUGAUCGACACGUGUUGUGUCCAUGGAUACCAGCACCCUCAGCCAACAGGUAGAGAGCAUCGAGCGAAACAUCAAAUUCUUGCAAAAGGAGCAUCAGGUCCUAUUGACUGGCCUGCGACUGGAGAUCCGUCAUCUGAAGAAGAGAUGUAACGAUCUGAGUUGUGAACUGAGCAAAAGUUCUCCUGCGAGAAACAGAGACGACAUAGCAGCUGAGGAGGAAUUACUGCAGGCUCGGUUAUUACAGACAGAGCAUCAUCUCACCGAACAGGUGUGCUAUCAAGGGGAGCUAAAAGCCAAGCUCCGGCACAAGGGGGAGCAAGCGAGUGCUCUGCAGGUGCGACUGCGCGAUGAGGAGCGGCGCUUUUUAGAGGAGCUAAAAAGACGCAGCCAUAAGAUCACGGCACUUAGCCGUGAUCUCCGGAAGCAGACCGACAUCGCUGCCCAGCUCACGUUCCAACUCCACUCAGCACGUUUCAGCCUCUAUCAUCAAGCAGAGGAAGAAGGUGAGGAAGAGGAAGGUGAAAGAGACGGGAAGGGUCCGGGCUGUUUGUCAAGUUCUCCGCAGGUCUCAACAGCCAGAGCAGAAGCCAGACAUCGUAACCACUGUUCAGCAAGAUUGAGAAGGUCAGAGCGAGUUAGGGAAUGUGUGCCACAGGAGCGGGUACUGAGGCCAGAGAAGCCCCGCCCAAUGCCUGACCCUGCCCUAUUCCUGUAUCCCUUCCCACAGAGGCUCCUCCCACCACACAUAUCACUGGGAGGGCACUGUAGGGAAGGCGAUUCACAAAGGCGGAUGGGUAGACUACGGACCCGAGCAGUGAGAGAGGAUACCGGACCAGAGACUACAGAUUUAUAGUGCAACAGUGAGAUAAAGCCUGAUCAGUUACACUUUAGUUCAGUUGCAUAGUCUUCUACUGGUUUAACCAACUGAUAAAGCUCAUAUGGAACAACCUAGCAAAUUAUUUCUUACCGCACCUUUUCUUACACAUUUGAGCAGUGGCGGUUCUCGCACAGGGGCAGGUAUGGCUGGGCUCUAACAUUUAUAUCGCCAAAUCUUAAUCUACACAGUCAUCAAUCACAGCUCCAUGCAUUUUGAAAUACAAAUCACCUCUUUUGAGUGUCUAAUGAUUUUCUCCAUUCAGCUCUACAGAGUAUUUAUUGCACCUACCGGUCAAAAUGGGAACUGCACCAAACAUUAAAAGAAGCCUGGUGGGGCUGGAAUCACGCUGCCCCAUGAUUAACAUAUCAGCAAGUGAAGGAGGAGCAGCGGGCAGGACAGUUAAUGACAGGGUUGCCAGGGUUAUAGUUUUUAAAUCAAAUUUGAGCAGUCUUGUUUCAUACUUAUAAUCAGAGUCUAAUAAACUUCGGUUCGGGAAGUUUAUUAGACUCUGAUUAUAAGUAUGAAACAAUACUACUCAAAUCACGAAUGUAUGAGCAGAAUGAUGACCUUGUUCACCACAGAAAAAAAAAGUAAAACAAAAUUCUUGUCCCUCUAUUAUGGAAUAGUUUGUUUGGUUUUGUUGGUGUCUCUGGGAUGGAUUAUUCUUU